CGCAAAGAAUGCGGCCCGCCCCGAGGCUGACGCGCCGCGCUACCGGUCAGAUCUUAAAAGGCCGGGCAGUGCGUGUGGCAUCCCGACAGAACAGGAGAGGAGCAAGUGGCAGUGCUGGGUGUUGGGACUGUGGCUGUCACUGCGCUGGAGCAUCCCUGAGCUUCUGAACGGAGCCGACUAGUCAGCAGUGCGGCAGCCGCAACUCUACGCCGACCUCCUCUGUCUCGGGUCUCCGCUCAGGCAGUCCUCCGAGGCUCCGCACAAAGCACAUUUUCCAGAGCCGCGCAAGGGAGCGCCCAGCCGCGUGCAGGCGGACGCACCCUUCCUGUCCUUUGUUCUGGGGAGAUCUGCUGCUGCUCUUCUCCCCAAGUCGGAGUCUUUCCUCCAGGGGUGGCGGGUCGCCGACUACAGCUACGAAGAUGCCUUUGGAACUGACCCAGAGCCGGGUACAGAAGAUCUGGGUGCCCGUUGAUCACCGACCCUCGUUGCCCAGAUCCUGUGGGCCGAAGCUGACCAACUCCCCCACAGUGAUUGUGAUGGUAGGGCUCCCGGCCCGGGGUAAGACUUACAUCUCCAAGAAGCUGACCCGCUACCUCAACUGGAUAGGUGUUCCAACGAAAGUGUUCAAUGUGGGAGAGUACCGGCGUGAGGCUGUGAAGCAGUACAGCUCUUACAACUUCUUCCGCCCUGACAAUGAGGAAGCCAUGAGAGUCCGAAAACAGUGUGCCUUAGCUGCCUUGAGAGAUGUCAAAAGUUACCUGACAAAGGAAGGCGGACAGAUUGCAGUUUUUGAUGCCACCAAUACGACUAGAGAAAGGAGGCACAUGAUCCUUCAUUUUGCCAAAGAAAAUGACUUCAAGGUGUUUUUCAUUGAGUCGGUCUGUGAUGACCCUACUGUUGUGGCCUCCAACAUCAUGGAAGUUAAAAUCUCCAGCCCGGAUUACAAAGACUGCAAUUCGGCAGAAGCCAUGGACGACUUCAUGAAGAGAAUCAAUUGCUAUGAAGCCAGCUACCAGCCUCUUGACCCUGAUAAAUAUGACAGGGACUUGUCACUCAUCAAAGUGAUUGAUGUUGGCCGGAGGUUCUUGGUGAACAGAGUGCAGGACCACAUCCAGAGCCGGAUUGUAUACUACCUAAUGAACAUCCACGUGCAGCCCCGUACCAUCUAUCUGUGUCGGCAUGGCGAGAAUGAGUACAACUUGCAGGGCAAGAUUGGGGGUGACUCAGGCCUGUCUAGCAGAGGCAAGAAGUUCGCUAAUGCCCUGAGCAAGUUUGUGGAAGAACAGAAUCUGAAGGACCUCCGUGUGUGGACCAGCCAGCUGAAAAGUACCAUCCAGACCGCGGAGGCCCUGAGGCUCCCCUAUGAGCAGUGGAAAGCACUCAACGAGAUCGAUGCUGGUGUGUGUGAGGAACUAACCUAUGAGGAGAUCAGAGACACCUACCCUGAGGAGUACGCACUGCGUGAACAGGACAAAUACUACUACCGCUAUCCCACGGGCGAGUCCUACCAGGAUCUUGUCCAGCGUCUGGAGCCUGUGAUCAUGGAAUUAGAACGCCAAGAGAAUGUACUGGUCAUCUGUCACCAGGCUGUCCUACGCUGCCUACUAGCCUACUUCCUUGACAAGAGUGCAGAGGAGAUGCCGUACCUGAAAUGUCCCCUCCACACUGUCCUGAAACUGACACCCGUGGCGUAUGGGUGCCGUGUGGAGUCCAUUUACUUGAAUGUAGAAUCAGUGAGCACACACCGGGAGAGGUCAGAGGCUGUCAAAAUACAACACUUUGCCAGUGUAGUCAGACCUUCCUCUUACACCGAACUUGACUUUCUGUCUGUGGAGUCCGCAAAGCAGGAUGCAAAGAAGGGACCUAACCCGCUCAUGAGACGCAAUAGUGUCACCCCACUAGCCAGCCCCGAGCCCACCAAAAAGCCUCGCAUCAACAGCUUUGAGGAGCAUGUGGCUUCCACUUCUGCUGCCCUGCCAAGCUGCCUGCCCCCGGAAGUGCCCACGCAGCUGCCCGGACAACCUUUGCUAGGGAAAGCCUGUCUGAUUAGAUUUCUGAAGGAUUUUUGGGAGAGAUGCUUGCUGACCAGUGGUCAUAUUCAAGAACAUGAAGAACCCCCGGAGUGGUGUCGACUCUUCCCAGAAGCACUAAAGCCGAAAUGUGGGUUCCAUUCCAUUUCCACAGCCUGCCUUGUGUCCGCUCAUCUACCUGUGGCCAAGUGAUCCCAAGGACUUCUGGACUGGGGGAUAAUGGAGGUCUGCAGGUUGAAGAGUAGCAGCCCCUCCCCCCGCUGAGAUGUUGGGGUGGCAAAGACAACUAGGAAGUUGCACAGACCCCAGCUUGCUGUGACAGAGCAGCAGCCCUCCCUAUGCCCUUCGACUUCCAGGGCUGUCUGACCCUUCCAAAGCUUGGGAGGACGGUAGUACUGGAGGAGGUGAGCUUAGUUCCCUACGUGGGCCUGGACACCCCCCUGCUGUUUUAUUUUACUUCUUUGGAUCCUGGUCUGGCAUGUUGAUAGUUGGAAGAUAAGAGUGGCAGAGUCCUGAGAUUCAGAGUUAGACCCCACUUGCUGGAGGCUCAGGGACGAUCACACAUUCUCAUGUGGCUUUAUGCAUCUUGGCCUAGUAAGAGGCCUCAGAGACAAGGGACUUGGGCACAUGCUGCAUUGGGUAUGGGGGAUUCUCCUUCUGAGGAGUCCUUAAACUGAGGCCUGCUGGUCAGCUGAGCAACGACAUGUCCUGGCUCCUUCACAUGUCCAAAUGCCUUCUGAGUUCCAAGUUAAGGGACAGACUGGUUGUGUCAGUGGAAGGAAGGAUUUUGCCAAAAAAAAAAAAAAAAAAAAAAAAAAGACCUGGGCCCCCUCUUCCCAGGGGUCCUCAGGCCUUCUGUUCUUCACCUUGGGCCAGGAGGCACCUGAGUAGAUUCUGUGGCUGGCUCUUUGUUUGCACUUUUCCUUCCUUCCUUCCUUCCUUCCUUCCUUCCUUCCUUCCCUCCUUCCUUCCUUCCUCUCUCCCUCCCUCCCUCCCUCCUUCCUUCUCUCCUUCCUUCCAUCCGUCCCCACACCUCACUUCAAGAACCUAGGGUACUGACCCUUGGAGGCUAGCAGCUGUUGAAUGGAAGAAGUUGGGGUGUCUUCGAGAUGGAGAGUCUCAGAGCCUUCAGCUUCACUCACAUUGUUGAAGAAGGGACGGUGGCCCAAGUAAGGCUCAUUUCAGGCUGCCUGCUCACAGAGCUGUCCACAUAUUUUGGCCAAGUGUCUGUCGCUGUAUGUCUCAUACCACCAUGCUGGGCAUCUUAAGGAGUUCCCAGGAGUAGAAAAGCGUCCUUGUCAGCUUUAUAGUGUUGGCGACAUUUUUGCAUGGGUUGAAAGUAGUGCUGAUGUCUUCGUCUCUGUCUGCCUAUUUCUCCCCUUUGUGCACCCAAGUUCUGGGGGGAGGGCAGGAUGUCCCAAGCCUGGAAGAAACCAAUCGGAAACUUGGCACUGUUAGCCCAAAUGACCCUGCCCAGCUGGGGCCAAAGGCCACACUUUACGUUCUGCUUCCUUCCUGUGAGUCCUAGGGAUCCUAUCUUCCCCACCUCAGGGGACAACAGAUCCUGGGGUGACACAGGGCAUGCUUCAGACACUUUACAGGCACUUUGUGUUUUCACAGCUAACCACUCUAGCAUUCGGCCCAGCCCACUACCCUUUAAAUCUGUGGUUCACCAGGACACACUUGCACACACACUUGCACACACACACACACACACACACACACACACUUGCACACGCACACACACACACACACACACACACUUGCACACGCACACACGCACAUACGCACACAUCUCCAUCUGAAGACUUGGACUAUGUCUCUCUUUGGCUUGAGUCUUGACAAGGAUACAUGCAGUGCAGACUUGGGCUGAAGUGUGUGCAGCUGAUACUUUUGGACCUGGUAGCCUGCAGCAUUGCUUUUGGGGGUGGGGUCGGGUGGAGUGGGGAGCAGGAUUGGAACUGUAUAGCCCAAACUAGCCUCAAACUCACGGCCGUGCUCCUGUCUCAGCCUCCCAAAUAUUAGCUGUUCGGGUUAUAAGCAUGAGCCACUACCACUCUUGGUAACUGUGGCUUUGACCUGAAGGUGGUUUCUUCGAUGCCUCCUCCUGGCCACAUCCAUUUUAUAGUUACAGAACCAGCUUUUACAACAUAGAGACUCAAGGCUGAGACAGGGAGGGAUGGUCACGUGUGACCAGCUUAAGUCAGUACAUCAAGAGAAACCUUUGCCCAAGGUGAUUUCACAUUCUGCGAACAUCUCUGAAUAAGAUCAGGUCCAGGAGAUCUUGAUGCGGGUGGAACAUGGCUUCAUUCUUCAGAAGCCAAUGACUUGGUGGAUGGGAUGGGUAGCAUCCAUGGAACUUCCACUCUCCCACCCCAAACAACAAAAUAAAUGGGGACCAAUGUUUUUUAACUUUGCAUAUUUGUUUUUGGGGUAAAUUUCUCCCCUUUCCUUCAACAACGGGCACUACCCUUGAUUUAUGGGGAGAAGAAAAACUGUUGGAACCACACCAAUGAUAUUUUCAUUUGUAAUACUUGAAAUUUAUUUUUUUAUUAUUUUGAUAGCAGAUGUGCUAUUUAUUUAUUUAAUAUGUAUAAGGAAGCCUAAAACUAGAACGCUGUAUAGAUCGGGUUUAAUUGUUCAUUGGUUUGGGGCCUUUCAAUGUGACUGAUGACUUCUUCAUGUUCUGUGUAAUUGUCUCUGUCAAUGACCUGGGAGGAAGCCAUGCAAGCUUUUAAACAGGACAUGCCUUUCAGACAUUUGUAUAUUUUGCAGUUGCAAGAACAAUAAAAACCUGGUUGAGAUACACUGG